GCCAAUAAGAAGCACCGUGCUACUUCCUGUUUGAAACCCUAACAGAGAAGACCCAGAGGAGCUAAUCGACUGCAGCAUCUUUUGAUCAAUAAAUGUUAAAGUGUUUUAAUAACAGAUGAAUAACAAUGAUUCCGUACACGGUGAACAUCAAACUGGCGGCUCGGACUCUGACCGGAACUCUGAACCUUCAGAAUAAAGGCGCAGUGGACUGGGGCUGGCAGGGGCUGAUCGCUCAGGGAUGUCACUCCAGCAUUCUCAUCAUCGACCCAAAGACGAGUCAGACCAUCCAGGUGCUGGAGAGACACAAAGCUAACGUGGUCAAGGUGAAGUGGUCCAGAGAAAACUACUGCAGACAUUCCAAGUGAUCUGAUGUCUGAACGCGGCAGCAUAUACUCCGGAGAUUUUAACUCGAGCCAAUAGAAAGAGAAUGACGUUUAUAUA